CUCCAGGCUUGGUGCCGACCUGCACUGGCACGGAGGACGACGCAGAAGAUGAGGCUCCUUUUAGUGUUCGUUCUGUUGGUGAUUGUUCAGUGGGGCUACAGUGGGAGGGAGUCUGAGUGUGACUUCGAGGAUACUGGGAUGUGUAGCUGGACUGACCAGUCCCUGAAUGCAUCAGCAUACAGGUGGGAGAGACGACAGAGAGGCGACACGAUGCCGGACAGCGGGCCGACCUCUGACUUCACCACCGGGACUGCAGUCGGCUGGUUCAUGGGGGUGACCUCAGUGCAGACGGACCCUGUCAGUAUUGCAGUUUUCAUGUCACCACCAGUGAACGAGUCUUCACCAACAUGUCGCCUUGUGCUCCAAUACUUCCUCUGGGACUCUGCUGGCACAGGUCUGGGCUUUGCACCGUUGUGGGCCUCCAUACUUCGGCAGGACUCUGAAGAAGCUGUCGUGUGGCGUCCGGAGGUCACAAGCGUACGUGCGUGGCGAGAAGCCACCAUCUUUCUGGGAAGGAUUCCCACAAGCUUCCAAAUCCGUAUUUCCUCUAAGAGAUCCGAAGGACAGAGAGGAGACGUGGCCAUAGACCAGCUGCAGUUUUUGGACUGUGCUUUUCCUGUAUCGGACCCAGGGACUGAAUGUCCACCAGAGGGUCUGAAAUGUCGGCGUGGUGGAUGCGUGGAGCGGCGGCAGAUCUGCGACGGCACCGAUGACUGCGACGACGGCACAGAUGAAGAUAACUGUGGAGCGUACCGGCUCUGUGAUUUUGAGCAGGAUUUGUGUGACUGGGACCUGAGGUCAUUAUCUACUCUGAAGUGGGUCAGAAGAAAUCAAAAGACCAUCUCCAAUACAGACCUUCUGAAAGGACCAGGACGGGACCACUCCAACAACACUGUAUCAGGUUAUUUUCUGUAUGUCACUGUCCCUGAUAGCGGUCUAAGGAUGGACUGGGCAGCGUUCCAAAGUCCACUUCUUGAUCCCACCAACAGCUCUCAUCCUUGCAAAAUGGUGAUGUACACUCACCAGUUUGGACCAAGGUCUGGCGGCCUGACUGUGCUUGUGGCAGACCGUAGGAUCUACCCAGUGUGGGAGAGGGGCGGUGCCCUGGGAGACCUUUGGGUGAAAGCAGAGGUGGACAUUGUUACUGAUACCUCCUUCAAAAUUGUGGUGAUGGCAGCAAUCAGAGACUUUUCUUAUGGUGGCAUCGCUGUAGACAGUAUUAUGUUGUCCCCUGAUUGCCGCUUAUCAUCUGAGAAUGAUUCCAUGGCAAGUUUUCCAAAUAGCCCCGAAGAUCCAUGUACCGAGCCGGACAAGCUGUGUGAUUUUUAUCCUGACUGUGCAAGCAGAGACGACGAAACCAAAUGUGGGGAUUUCUCGUACCCUCAGGGAAGUUCAGGUUGGACUGAUUCCAGCGUUGGAACUCAAGGUUGGCUGCUGAAUAAAAAUUCUACAACCAAAGACGAGUAUCUGAUUGUGGUCGAUGCUUCGGGCCAGCAGCUGACUGAAGCCCAGACACGCACGCCCCUCCUCGGCCCCUCUGGACCGGCCUGCACCCUCAGCUUUGACUUUGCACUAACUGGGACUUUGGAUUCCAUCGGGGAGCUGUCAGUCAGGGUGAUUGACAGCGCAAUGGGAGUGCGGCCCAAGACAUGGGAGUUCAGUGGAAAGACUGGGACAGAGGCGGAGGCGUGGCAGCACGCUAGCGUGUCGAUCGGACUGCGGAAGAAUCGUUUCCAGCUGGCGUUUGAAGCUCGUGCCAUGAAACGGGAUCCUCGUGUCCAGAUUAAAGUGAAAAACGUGAAGUUUGUCAACUGCCACGCUCUGUAUUUACCAUCUUAUCCAUCAGGGCUGUCGUGUAACUUUGAAGACGGCUUGUGUGACUGGUAUCAGGACAAAAGUGAUAACUUUGACUGGACAGUGCUGGAAGGGAUGGACCACACCAUCGGGAACGGCAGAAGUCUGGCUUUGGAUAUGUGGAGUCCGUCCCUACAUGGUGCAUUUGGACGAUUGCUUUCAUUGACACAGCCUCCAAUUUCUACAAAACACUGCCUCUCCUUCUUUUAUAAAAUCUACGGGACAAAUACAGGUGUGCUGAAUGUGAAGCUCUUCACUGAUGACAACUAUGAGACCGUACUCUGGACCAGCAGCGGAGCUCAAGGCAACAUGUGGCAUGAAGGCCACUGCUCAGUGCCACAGCAACUCACGCCCUUCCAGCUGAUGUUUGAGGCAGUUCGCUGUGGCUUCGAUGGCCAGGUGGCUAUUGAUGAUGUGGCGUUUGUGGCCAAACCUUGCGCCAUGCCAGAGAGGUGUACUUUUGAAGGCCAGCAAUGUGGUUACAGCAACUCUGGAAGAUCUUACUGGGUCCACCGUAACGGGCACCCUGCAACAAUAACGGGACCAAAAACUGACCACACGCUGGAGACCGAAGAGGGUUUCUACAUGGCAGUGAACACUGGAUCCAAUAACCUUCCUCCUGGCAGCACAGCAGUUCUCACCUCACCCAUUCACAAAGGAACCACUAAAACACAAUGUCUUCAAUUCUGGUAUCACAAGGGGGGAGAAAAUCCAGGUUCUCUGGUGGUCUACAUGAAGCCAGUAAAAGGAGAGAGGGUGAAGAUUUUCUCUAAUACUCUGAACCUUGGAGACGGCUGGCGCCAUGGCAACGCCAACAUCUCAAGUGCACUGGUGGACUGGGAAUUGGAGUUUGAGGUGGUCGGAGCCGGCGGUAAAGACAGUCACAUCACAGUUGAUGACAUCAUCCUGUCAGAUCAUCCGUGUGAAGCUCAAAGUUCUAAAUGCACCCUGGAGCGUGGAACGUGCAGCUGGACCAACACUCAAAACACCAACAUGGACAAACUGGACUGGGACCUGACAAGUUAUGAAACAGAAAAGCAUUACUCCACGCCCACCCAUGACCACACGCUGGGCACAGAGAAAGGUCACUUCCUGUUCUUUUGGAGCACAAGCCGGACACCACAUAAUGAAACCGCCAAGCUGCUGAGUCCUCACCUGCCUCCAACCAAAGGCACCUGCCUGACAUUCUGGGCCUUAAAGCCCCCCUCAGCUGACAGCCAGCUGCAGGUGUGGACACUGUCUAAAAGUCAACCUCAUCAGAUUCUGCUGUUGAGUGAAGUGGGGUCAGAGUGGAAACACUUUGCAGUAAACAUCACAUCUGCUGAGGAAUACCAGAUUGUACUCGAAGCCGUCAAAGGGUCAAUGGGAUUUCUAGCUCUAGAUGACAUCCAGUACACCGUCGGAGUGAACUGUGCCAGAGACGUCACAGAUCCACAACCAACGAAAUCAAAGGGUGACAAUGCAGGAGGCAUUGCAGCAUCGGUCAUCGUGGUCCUGUUGCUCCUGGCCACUCUGCUCACCCUGCUGUUUUUCUACCUGCGAAGCCGACAGAGUGUGCAAAGUGGGAACAGUCCAUCUUCAUCUCCCGCUGGUUUCAUGAAUGAAACAUACGAUCCGUAGCUUACAGUGAGUCUGCCAUCUAUUAAAUUUUCUGUCCAGUGACUAGGCACCAUAAUUUCAGUAAUGCUAUGGCAGGGUGAGAGCUGACUUGUUUAAUUCAGGUCCAUUA